AUGAUCAACUCCAAUAACCUUCUGUCACAGCUCACUUGGCUAAGACAACACAGUCCUCACGUGCCGGAUCCCUCCAUAGUUGAGUUGGCUCUUCGGAAGUUCCCGAAAAAGGACAUUCCUACCGGUUUUCGUGGCUCUACUCAGAUCAGUCAAAUCAUUCCAAACAAGUCCAAAGACACACGUAUAAACUCGAAUGGCGUCCAAAGCAGCCACAAUGGUGCUCAAAAAAUACCAGUGUCGACUGUGAUCCCUUCGAAGGCUAGAACAGGCAUCAGUGCCAAUAGCAGUGGCAGUAAUGGAACUAGCGCUGGCAACCCCAGGAAUACUAACUCCGCCAUUCCAAGCCCCGAGCCAACUAAGUUGCUUGAAAGCCUUAUAGCAUUGCAGGACACUAAAAUACGACUAUUUGAAGAGAGAUUUGAAGUCAGCGAGUCGACUUCGCUUUCGCUCGAUGCAAAGCAAAACUUCUAUAGAAGUGAGUUCAAUCCGAAAUUGGAGACAGUCAACAUGGAAAUCAGUGGCAUACGAAAGGAGCUCGAGGCUAAGCGCAAAUCCGAACUGCAGCCCAUACAUUCUGCUCCCGCACCAAUAAUCAAAACAGUAGAUGAAGAUAUACACACCUACGAGUUUUCAGACUCGGAUGAUGACAUCCUUGCGGCCGCUGUCUCAAAAUUGAACGAUCACUUCGGUGACAGGACAAUGGACGGUCUUAGAACACCUACCCAAGAAAGAAACGACGAGGAUGAUUUAGGAAGUUUUAUUGAUGACAAUGAAAUAGUCACUGAUGGAGAAUCAACUUAUAGAAGCGCUCAAUCAGAUUAUGAGAGUGACCACGGUGGUAAUGUUCUUGAUGAAAUUCGGUUGUCUCCCGAUGUUGCUGAAAAUUAUGGUAUUAAGUAUAAUGAUCCUCUUGAAUCUGAGGUUGAGUGCAUUGAUGAAGAAGUAUCCACACAAAUGGAUUCCAUAAAAGUAGAACAAAGGUCGGAGGAAGUUGACGAAGAUCCCGACGAAGAGGCAGAGAAUGAUGAUGAUAUAGAAGAAAUCGAGGACUUUACAACACAAUUGAACGAGGAGAGAGAAUUGAAUCAUGAAGACAUUAUUGAGUUAAUAUCUGAUGACGAGGAGUCCUAUUUCUCGAAACCUCCAAUAAAGAAAAUCGAACUCAUCCCCAAGCCUGAGCCAGGCCCGAUCUCACAAAUGAUCGAAAAUGUGGUGGAAAGCGACGAUUUUAGUGACGAAGAUGAUCCAGAGUUGAUGAAAAUCUUAAAUAGUCAUCAGCGAGAAUUGCUUCCAAUGUCAAACAAGGAGAACAUCCCACCAGGCUCGGAAGGUUUUAUUGAUGAGGUUUACACCGUGUUGAAUUCGGUAUUCAAACUUCGAUCAUUUAGGCCAAAUCAAUUACAGGCAGUUUGUGCAAGUUUACAGAGCAAAGACGUUUUUGUUUUGAUGCCAACGGGAGGCGGGAAAUCUUUGUGUUACCAACUCCCAGCUUUGAUACAAGGUGGUAAAACGAAGGGAACCACCGUCGUUAUAUCUCCUUUGAUUUCGUUGAUGCAGGACCAGGUUCAGCACUUGCUUAACUUGAAUGUCAAAGCUGGAAUGAUAAGUUCUAAAGCUUCCAGUGAUGAUAACAAGCAAACCUUGAACUUAUUUCGUGAUGGGUUUUUACAGAUAGUAUAUUUAUCCCCAGAGAAAGCAAAUAAUUCUGCUAUGGUGCAAAGGAUUAUCGGGAAGCUUUAUGAAAACAACCAGUUAGCAAGAGUUGUUAUUGAUGAGGCCCAUUGUCUUAGUUCAUGGGGCCACGAUUUCAGACCUGAUUACCAGGGAAUGAGCUUUUUCAAGGAGAAAUAUCCUAGAGUUCCACUUAUGGCAUUGACUGCUACGGCGAAUGAGAAGGUUAGAAUGGAUAUUAUCCAUCAUUUGAAAAUGUCUAGCCCCGUGCUAUUGAAGCAAAGUUUCAAUAGAAGCAAUUUAUUUUACGAAAUUAAAUGGAAAACUCCCAACUACGUGGAAUGGAUUAAGGAUUUUGUCGUUUCCAAGCACAAUGGUAAGACUGGAAUCAUUUAUUGUCACUCGAAACAAUCAUGCGAGCAAACUAGUGCAAAAUUGAGUCUGUAUGGAUUGAAAACAUCAUUUUACCACGCAGGAAUGUCACCACAAGAUCGGUUUACUGUCCAAAGCAUGUGGCAGAGUGGAAAGCUUCAGUUGAUUUGCGCAACAAUUGCUUUCGGUAUGGGAAUUGACAAGCCUGAUGUGAGAUUCGUGAUCCAUUUGUUUAUUCCUAGAAGUUUGGAGGGGUACUAUCAAGAAACAGGUAGAGCAGGAAGAGAUGGUAAACACUCGGAAUGUAUCAUGUUUUACUCCUAUAAAGACGCCAGACAGCUACAAAAUAUGAUUCAUAGAGAUGAGGAAUUGACUGUCGAAGGUAAGGAAAACCAUUUAGCUAAAUUGAGACAAGUUGUGCAAUACUGUGAAAAUACCACCGACUGUCGUAGAAAGCAAGUUUUGCACUACUUCAACGAGUCUUUCAAUCCAAUCGAGUGCCGAAAAGAAUGUGACAACUGCUUGAAUUCAAGCAAUAUAACCACUGUUGAAAAGAAUUGUACGGAGUACGCCAAAGACAUCAUCAAUCUCGUGCAAUCCAUACAGGAAGACCAAGUCACAGUUUUACAUUGUCAGGAUGUGUUUAAAGGGUCUAACUCAAGCAAAAUCGUUAAAUUGGGACAUAAUCACAGUCCAUUUCAUGGCAAGGGAAAGUCUUUGGACAAGACUGACGUGGAAAGAAUCUUCUUUUAUUUGCUUAGUGAAGACUGUUUGAUGGAGUAUCAAAUCAUGAAGGGUGGGUUUGCAUCUAACUACGUCCGGGUUGGCAAGUAUGCAAAUCAGGUUUUAAAUGGUCAAAAGGUGAUCAAGAUAAGCUUCAGCAAUAACAAUGCCAAAACCACAAAACCAGCAACCACUACUUAUCAGAGUAACGUUUCAUUGAGGACCAGUGCUGUUGAAAGUUUUAGUGGCAUGGGCCUAAACGGCUUCAGGUACCAAGAUUCCUUUGUUACAGCACGGCAGAUGUCUAAUGGAGACUAUAAUUCAGCUCAUAUCGAGUAUGCUCACAGCGAAUUGUCGAAAAUCAGAAUUGAGGUUCUGUCAGAAACAAGCACUCCGCUCCAGCAGGUGGUGAGCGACACUGCCUUGACAGACAUGGCCAUCAAGCUCCCUACCAACAAGAAGGAUUUCGCCAAGCUCACGGGAAUCACCAAAGAGCAGUUAGAGAGUUUUAACUAUUUCAAGAAGACAUUGGGAUUCUUGGCCAGAGAGAGAAAAAAAGGCAACCUGCCAACUACAACGCAAGCUACACAGUCCAGAAAUGCGUCCAAUGCCAAGUCGCCGUACUUCAACCAGUCGCAGCUGGACCAGGCAAUUUUGAACACUUUGAGA